CUAUCAGUGCUUGCUCUGUGGUUUGUGCUACACCUCUCACCUCUCUCUGAACAGCAGCUCUACUACCAGGUGCUGAACUUCGGCAUGAUCGUCUCGUCCGCCCUCAUGAUCUGGAAGGGGCUGAUGGUGGUGACGGGCAGCGAGAGCCCCAUCGUGGUGGUCCUGAGUGGAAGCAUGGAGCCUGCAUUUCACAGAGGAGAUCUCCUGUUCCUCACAAACCGAAUUGAAGAUCCAAUCAGAGUGGGAGAAAUCGUGGUCUUUAGGAUAGAAGGAAGGGAAAUUCCUAUAGUCCAUCGUGUUCUGAAAAUUCAUGAGAAGCAAAACGGUGACAUCAAAUUUUUGACAAAGGGAGACAAUAAUGCUGUUGAUGACAGAGGGCUGUACAAACGAGGGCAGCAUUGGCUGGAGAAGAAGGACGUAGUAGGACGAGCGAGAGGAUUUGUGCCCUAUAUUGGAAUAGUGACUAUCUUAAUGAACGAUUAUCCAAAAUUUAAGUAUGCAGUCCUCUUUUUACUGGGUUUAUUUGUGCUGGUCCAUCGAGAGUAGCUUCUUGCACUGGAGUACAAGGUGAAGGUGCCAUGGAUUUUUUAGAUGAAUCUUUUAAGUGGUUGAUGGUCUGAUGUGCCAGGAGGAAGAAAACAUGCAUUUCAAAGCUUCUUGCCAGUUUGGGUUUGUUUUGUUUUUUACUGCAUCAGGGCGAAUGUUUGUCACAGUAUUUCCAAUGGUUUGUCACAUUUUAGCAUUUUUAGUGAGUUUUUAUAUUAAAAAUUUCAGUCAAACUGUUCAGUGUUUGUACUUAGAAGCUGAACUUCCUCUUAAAGUGCCUACAGGACUGUGUCCUCUAAGCUGGUGCCUCUGCUGAGCAAGCGUGACCUCUCCCUGUGCUGACUGAACUGCCAAACAGUGAGCUCUGGAGGGGAUGACUUUUCCCAAUUCAGAACUGGAAUAAAGAUUUUUGCAUCUU